AUGAAGAAGGAAGAGUGCGUGAAGUCUUUCCUGGAAGAUUGUGAUUGCAUGGCAGUGUUAUAUUCAGACGGCAAGUGCAAAAAAUACACACUUCCGCUAACAUAUGUCAUAAGGAAUCAAAGUGCAUCGACCGUGGCUCUCUUCAAGAGGCCUUCAGGAAUUGUCCCAAGUCUAUUUCCAAACAACUCCAAACAUAUGCCUCAGCCUGGGCCUGGGCCUAUGGUGAUUGUGGAUAACAAGAAAAGUCUGAUAAUGAUUCUAGCCUUUGCGUUGGGUUUCAUUUCAUUGAUAUCCUUGGUAUUAGCGGUGUCCAUUUUCUUCACUUAUAAGCGAAAAGCUUAUAGGUAUACAACGUUGUACACAAGUGAGAGUCUGGGAUUUACUGAUGAAUGUUCUUUGCGUUCAUUUUCUUUCGAUGAACUUGAGAAAUCCACUGGAGGCUUCACGGAAGAAAUAGGCAGAGGAUCGUUUGGUGCGGUUUAUAGAGGCACAAUUGGUGUCAGUAACAAAAGUAUCGCUGUCAAGAGGCUGGAGAGAAUUGCUGAUGAAGGGGAGAGGGAAUUCCGAACUGAAAUUACUGCUAUUGCUCGAACACAUCAUAGGAAUUUGGUUAAGCUCAUUGGUUUCUGCAUCAAUGGAUCCAGGAAGCUUCUUGUUUAUGAGUAUGUCAGCAAUGGGUCUCUUGCAAGUCUUCUCUUGAAAAGUGAGAAGAAACUAUCAUGGGGAGAGAGACUAAAAAUCGCAUUGGACGUUGCCAGAGGAGUCUUGUAUCUACAUGAAGAGUGUGAGGUCCGUAUUAUCCACUGCAACAUAAAUCCUCGGAAUAUACUUAUGGAUGAAGCGUGGACUGCAAAGAUCUCUGAUUUUGGAUUGGCAAGGCUUUUAAAGUCGGACCAUUCGAUAAUGAAAAAAGAGGAUGAUGGCACAAGCAAGUACUUGGCACCUGAAUGGCAGAAGGAUGCACCGAUAUCAGUAAAAUUUGACAUUUACAGUUUCGGAAUGGUACUAUUGGAGAUCGUGUGCCGCAGACGCAGCAUAGAAAUGAAUGUUUCCUCGGCAGAGGAGAUACUUCUUUCCAGCUGGGUAUAUCAAUGCUUUGCAGCAGGGCAGUUAAAUAAACUUGUGACAGAAGAAGGUGUAGAUUGGAUAUUAUUGGAAAGAAUGGUGAAGGUGGGGUUGUGGUGUGUGCAAGACAAGCCGUCUCUUCGCCCUUCAAUCAAGAAUGUCAUCUUAAUGUUGCAGGGAUUGAAAGAUAUACCAAUUCCUCCCUCUCCAGCUCACCACCCUAAAUAAAUAUCCUUAGGAACAUGUUUUUCCCUUUAUAACUUUUCUUUGUAUUCAAGUUUAGUAUGUGUUUCUUUUUCAUCUUGCACUGUUGUUCUUGU